GCCAAGCAGAGAUCAUAAAAAGCUGCUCUAGAACAAUAAAGCCGACCAGACUCUGUGUGUCCUGAGAAAGAGGAGCGAGCAGGGGGUUUAAGUGGACAAUGGAUUUUGGCUUCAACAACCACUAUUUCUAUGAUGAUGAUCUAAAGGAGGACUAUUACAGAUGUAUUGCUCCCAGUGAGGAUAUAUGGAAAAAAUUUGAGCUAGUGCCUGGUGGUCAACUAUCUUCUGGAUGCUCUGGGAGUGAUAUUACAGAUUGGGGUACAGAAUGGGAAUCUCCAGUGAAGCUUUCAGGUUUGAGCUCUGUUGUCCUUCUUAAAGACUGUAUGUGGAGUGGAUUCUCCACUAGAGAGAGACUUGAAAAGGUAAUUAAUGAAAGACUUUCAACUGGCACUUCAUGGGCACCAAAUGCCCACAAAACUGCUCCUGAUUUUGAACAGUCAGCGCCUGGGACUGAUACUCUACAGCAAAAUGUCCCUGCAGUUCUUACACCUGCAGCAGUUCCUGAAAAGGUCCCACACUCCUCAGGAUCAGAGAGCACCAGCGACUCGGAUGAUGAGGAGGAUGAUGAUGAGAUUGAUGUAGUAACUGUGGGGAAGAGGAAAUCUUGUCAUGGUCGUCAGCCUGUGACUAUCACUGUGAGAGCUGAUCCACUGGACACUGUGACCAAACUCUUCCAUAUCUCUAUCCACCAACAACAACAUAACUAUGCUGCCCGUCUUCCUCCAGAACCAAGCCCUCCUUCCCCAAAGCAACCACCACAUUCUCCAAAUGAGGAAGAAUCAAAUGAGGUCAGCUCUCCCUCCUUACCCUGCAGCCCUCCUGUUUCUUCUCCUUCUGGAGGCUCAGACAGUGAUGAUCUUGUCAAACGCAAAAAUCACAACUACAUGGAACGUAAGAGAAGAAAUGAUCUGCGCUCUCGUUUCCAGGAGUUAAGAGACGAGGUUCCUGGCUUGUCUAAAACUUCAAAGACACCAAAAGUUGUGGUUCUAAGUAAAGCCACAGAGUACUUGGAGGGCCUAGUAAGUGAGGAACAGAGGUUGUUAAAGGAAAAGAUGAAGCUCCGGUCUCGACAUCAGCAGCUACUGCGGCGGCUCUCCCAACUUAAGGACCGUUGAGAAUGUGUGAAAGGGUACCUGGCACAUUUGCACAUUUUUGUUUUUGGGAAACUUUGAACACAAGCAUAAAACUACCACUUUAGAACACUGUUGGAUAUGAUGGAUUGUCCUGUUUUCCAGUGAUCUUUGUUCUGGCCCUGUUUGGUGUCAGCCAGUUGGUUGCAUAUCUUUUGGGACUGUAGUUUGCUAACUUCUGAUUUUGAGCAAAAUCUAGUUGGCAGCUUUGUUGUGACCUCACUAAAUGUCCUUGAUGAGUAGACCCACAAGGGUAUUACUAUUAUAUAUAGUUUUUGUGUGUGAACAAAUGUUGGUGGAACCUUUUCUACCUACUUAACCCUGAAACAUGAAAACUGUAUGACUAUAGUUUAUCUUGAACAGUCAAGUAACGGGUAGGACUGAAUAUUUCAGAGCCUGAUGAUUUCAGUUCAAUUUAAAGCACUUUAAGACAAUAUCUUUCCUUUUUGUAAGACUUUUGUAGCUUCCAGAAUAAUCAAUGGUAAAUUUUUUUUGUAUUUUUUUUGACUGCUCAACUUCAACUUGUUGACACUGUAUAAUUUUCUACUGAUAGUAGCCAGCUUUGUUACGGGUCCCAAAUCUGUGGGUGGAGCAUGAUUUGGAAGGUAGCUGUCAUUAGUUUUUGUUAGUGUAGAAUUGUUACUUGCUAAAUUGGGCUUGCAUUAAAGGGGGGGGGGGUCACUUUGACUUAAGUGCCUAGCAUCUAUCUCCCUCUUAAGUGGAGAGAAGCUGAGCAAUGAGCUUUGUAGAUGUUGUUCCAAGAGACCCUAUGCAAUCUCUCUGCAGUUAUUUCUUUUUCUCAACUUUGGCAUCCAGAGAGGACAAUCACCCCUGGUAUGCAAUGCUGUGCAACCAUCUUUGACUAACAGCAACCCUGACUACUGCGAGAAGUCUACACUUAAAGCAUGUGGCUCAAAUAUAAAUUAAGUACAGAAAAUCAAAUCCAUUGAGUAAGAUAAAUAACAUUCUAUAAUAAGAUAUGGAAGAGUUCUGAACUCUUGUGACUUUACAACCCUUGUGUGUUGUGCACCUCAAGCAAAGCCAUAUUCAGUAAGAGUAACCGUUCUAAUUAAACCUAAUCACUUUAGGCUAUCAAGAACUUUUGGCAGUGUUUACCUCGGUCUAGAGUGUAGUUUUGUUGCCUGUGUUGAGGGGAACUUUGGGGCAUAUGGUGGUAACCGCUUUAUACCUCACUCUUGUCACUUUACACUAGAGUUUGUCCUUUUGUUAUAUAUGUCUUUGAACCUGCUGCUGACUGCUGUAUUUUGUACUGAAUGAAAUGUUUAUACUGUAUUUUUGUACACCUUUUGGGAUAAACUUGUGAACUUUAUUAAAAAAAAAAGUGGCAGAGCUGUCAAAUGGCCCUACUGACACUAAAUAAACAUGGUUUGAUGAAAGAGAUGUAAAGAAAACAGAUUGUCAUACAUGGAUCCUGCAAGUGGAUACUUCCACAGGUGGUAAUUCAACCAUUCGCAUUGUUAGACGUGACUGAACACUUAUAUUUUAUGUAUGUUAAUAUGGCUCAGCCUUAUUCAACUGAAACAAUCUGUAUGAAAUUGUUAAAAUCUGAAAGUGGGUCAAGUGUUAAAUAAUGCAAGCUCAAUUAAAGCUACACUUUAACAAC